ACCACCUAUCAAACUACCAGCAGAGUGCACCUUGUGGCAUGAGACGUUCACGCUGGGACAUAAAGGGGGAACGCGAGUGUGCCAAGGACCAGUCGAGAAGAUGGGGCGGUCGUUGUUCAUCACAGAUGGACUGGGACGUGAGUAGUGAGGCGGAGGCCCGUCCUCCCGCGUCCUCCCCCCCGCGACCCGGAGCCACGCCCUCGCCCAUCGACUACAGGAGCGAGAGUCGACGUCGUCAUGACGACGAGCAGGAGGGCAACGCGGCCCAGAGUUCGGCGUCGGCCUCCCGCGGUCCCCAGCAGUCCUUGAUGGGUCCGCCGUCCACGCACUUCGCCACCUCCUGGCCCCUCUUGGCGGCGCCGAACGUCCUCGCGGACUCUAAUCGCAGCCACCACGCUCCUCCGCCCUAUGCCACACACCACCGCUGGGCGCAGGCACACCCGGGCUACUUCCAGACGGACAACGGCCAAUACGCCUUUGACAUGAAGUGGUGGGCCCAGCAGAAACAGUCUAUGGACGCCUACCUCAGCGGUCCCAGCUGGAGAGACGACAACAAGGGCGCCCAUCCCGACUCCGGCGAGCCCCAGUGGUCGUUUGGCACCCGGGUCGCAAAAAAUCACAAGCGUAACGGCAACCACAGACCCGGGAGCCGCAGCCACCGCCACUCGGAGGGCGGCUACGGCGGGCAGCACGGACACGACUCCGGGUACGACCCGACGGACUUCCGCCGCAGGUCCUCCUCCCUCUCCCACCACAAGAGCAGAGACGGCGGCGGGAGGUCCGGCAGCUGCACCCACCACGCGGAGGCCGCUUACGACGGACAGAGACACGACCCGGGCUACGGUCCCGCGGAUCAUCGGAGGCCGCCUCCGUCCCCGCCCUACACCCACCAGAAGAACAGAGACAACUCUCACGACUCCAGAAGAAGACACCUGAUGGAUAAGAGGAAGACAAACCCCAUCCACCAUCAACCUUUCAGGGAAGCUUGGGGCAACAGUGAAGACAUUACUGGCAAGGGCAGAGGCAGCAAAGGAGGCAAGAAAAACAAGACCAAACUACAGGCCGGCAAGUGCGACGCUCCCGGCGGCUACAAGUGGAGCGUACGGCCCUCCAGGGAGGACUGGUGUACGUUUAAGAGUAAAGGCAAAGAGAAGAAGACCAAGGGGGACGAGAGCUCCACCUACGCCGAGGCCGCCAAGAAGAAGGCCCUCGCGGCGGCCGCCAACAAACUGAGGAGGACGUUCCUCGCGGCCAAGAAGAAGAGCAACGAGGGAGGGGAGUGUUCGGCGGCCGAGGAGGACGAUGACAGCAGAGACGACCGCCGCGCGGGAGGGACCGGAGAAGACGACGACGCCGAGGACCUGUCCAUGCCCCGCCGUCACCCCAGCUGUCUCGAGUUUGACAUAGACAUACGCUUCAGCGCGAAGGAGUGGGCGGCCGUGGGGCGCGGCCAGGGAGGAACCGGCAACAUCCUGGACGCGCCCCAGACGGCCGCAUCCAGGAAGAAGCUGAGCGUCCUGCACAAGAGCGGCAGCAUGGCCUGCGGGGAGGAGCAGGAGGACUCGGGCACUUACUCGGACACGGACGCCGGCAGGACGGAGACCCGCUGGUCCUCCGUGUCCUCCGCCCAGCCGUCCUCCUCCGCCUUCGCCCGCAGACGACACCUGUCGGAGAGUUCGGGGGUGAUCGACCUCCGGAAACGCCCGACGGCGGGGAGCGCGGCGGCCAGGCCCGGGCCGGGACGCACGAGGUCGUGCUCCAUGAGUCUGGUGGAGGGAGCCGGGGCCAGCAAGGAGGGGGGUGGAGAGUCUCGGGUCAAGCUGCACCUCAUGCCUAGACUCAGGAGGUUGAUGCUCAAACAACUUCUCACUAUGGAUAAAAAGUCACUUCAGGAGCUGGUAGAUGACCCCAGAUCACGGAAGGCACAGUUCAUGAUGACUCACCUCAUGUCAGAACACCGAGCGACGUUAUCCCAGCGCCUCACUCAACAGCGCUUCAGGAUGCCGGACACACUUGUUGAUGACGAGCUACAGCUGUUAAAUAGCCUGGAUAACACACACCUCAACUCUCUCCCGCCUGAAGUUGUCCAGCAGGUUCGGGAAAUCUUGGCGCUGGAACAGAACGGCAACAGUCGGGCGUGGGAAGAGGUGUCUCUCUCCCUCAGUGACCUCCUUAACGCUGACUCUGACCCCGACCUGGACUGUCAGAUCAUAUCACCUCCCCCCCGCGACCCGGCCUCCACCAUCACCAUCCACGACUCGGAUUCGGAGAUGGAAGAUCUGAUUCACGGAGACAGCGAACAGGAGGAGGACGAUCACGAACGAGGGGGCGGAGAGCACGAGGAGGACGAAGAACAGGAGGACGAGGAGGAAAAUGAAGAUGAGGAGGAGGUGGAGGAGGAGGAAGAGGAAGAGGAAGAGGAGGAGCGAGUACAGCACCAGGUUUCAGUAUCUCCGGUGACGGCGGAGACCGGCGACUCCAGACCUCCCAUAGGCAAGAGAGAACCUCCGACGCCUCCCACCGGCAACAAACCUGCGGGCGCUCCUCUGCAGAUGUUGCCUCCGAUCUCCGUAGAAGUCCCGCUGUGCGUCAUGGAGACCCUAGCCAGUGGCCCCAGCAGCACCAGAGAGCUAGGUAGCCAGGUCUCCGAUGCCACACUCAACCUGAUGGGUUCUGGCCAGCCUCCGUUAAGUGACCAGAGACCAGGGGGUGAAAACAUCCCUGGACCUAGUUCAAUACUGCUGGCCCCUGCAAGGUUAAAGGUUAAGGAAGAGCGUCCAUCACCCAUCAGUGAGUGCGGACUGUGUAUGCACAACCCACGGACUCCUCACACCUCAGAGUGCGUGUACCCCUACGGUCUGGCUCCCCCGUCACCGGUGCCCCUGAUGCCCAGCCCGCCACGACCACUGGGCACCACACCGCCCCAGAGACCAGUCCCUCACCUACCUACUGCCCAGCACCCACCACCACCUGCCGUCCCACUCUCAUCCACUCACUACCAGAGAUCUAUCAAGCAGGAGAAGUGUGAUGAUUCAUAUCUCAAGUAUGAACAUGUAAAGCGACCGUCCUCAGAAGAGCGUCCCAAGAACCCUGCUCCUCCUGACGCCCUGCCGUCGGAUCCCUCGGUGCUUCACUCCAUCCCUCACCUCAGACCGCUCAUAUUCUCUCCCGACGACGACUUCCCCGAUCCUCCCCGGCCGCCCCCGCCGCCGCCCCCGCAGUUCAGUCCGCGCAUUAAGGUAGAGCGUCACACCCCUGUCCAGUUUAUGUGCUGCUGCAUGAGGAACGAGUGCGAGCGCAGCAGCACGCACAGUGCCGAGAUGCGGCCACCGUCACGACGCAACGGAACAACCCCGCAGCCCACGACGGAGAGGAGACCCACGCCUCACGUGUACAAAAUGGAACCCCCGUCCCCCUGUGCCUCGCGGGCCAGAACCCCGCACCAGAGUCUUCCCGGCCACUUUGCUCCGCCGGCUUCUCCGCGCGCCGGGGCCUCCGACACGAGAGUGACCGUCGGCGUGCAGACGGAGAAGGAGCGGCCCCUCCCCCCCUGCGACCAAGGUGGCAACAACAACAACAACAAUAAAAGACAAUACGUUCCUAACCUGAGUCUGGCCAGAAGCGUGACUCCAUUAGUGACCAUCAAGGUGGACCAGAGUACCAGCACCGACGACCUAGGAGGAGUGUGGGAGCAGCGGGGCAAGAGUAGAGGUAAAGGCUGGUGGUGGCACAGAACGGGUCGACCCAGAAACCAUCUCAGUCAGCUCACCUCAAUAUCAAACUCCUUAAGUGAUUUUGAGUUCAGUCAAGAUACAGGAAUUGCUCUACAACAGAUGAUGGUCUUCAGCGAACAGGAGACAGAGUUCGUCCGUCACCUGGAAAACAUCGACCAGGAGAUACACGAACUGAUGAGAGAGAAGAAGCGCAUGACGGAGGAGCUGGGACGGCUGCAGCACCUCCGUAUAGGGAAGCUGCAGCAGCUGGUGAAGCAGGGCGGCGCGACGGUGCCGAGGGGCGAACCUCCGGCAUUGAGAGGACCCUGCGGCGGCGACCCGAGGACCCGUCGCGACUCCAGUUCCGACGGCGGCGACCCCGCGGAUGCCGGUAACUCCACCGCCACGUACAACAUCGAAAACAUCUCCCUUCGGUACGGCGUGUCCAAAGAGGACGUGCGGGUGCAGUCCACGACGGACAACGCCUCGGUCGUCUCGUCGUCUCAGGAAAAAGGUCCGAGGGUUCGCUCCUUCAGCUUCUCUCACACGUCGUCCAACGACUCCAGCAACGAAUCUCAGUCCGUGAGAAGACAGAGAUGUACCUCCACAUGUCACUCUCCGGGUAGUAGAAGUCACAAGUCCAAAGAAACUCUCCAGAUCACCUACCUGGGACCCAUUAAUCCCAACGAAGAAUUUUAUCAACAGAUAGCGAGUAACAUCCACAAACUGCAGCGGUCCAUAUCUAACACCGACUCGGAGACGGACAACGACGCCAAGGUCCCGGAGGCUCCCGUUGAGAGUUCCGAGGCCAACGCCUUCUACCGGGAAGAUGCGCGAGAGGCGACGAGCAGAAACAGAAGCGACUCCGUCUCCAGCUCCGCCGAAGGCGACGUAGAGAGCGAAGUGGCGGUGGACCGCGACGAAGAGGAGAGACACGGGCGACACAUGUCCACCGACGACGGUGAAGACGUAGUGGACUCCUCCCAACGGCCGGACAAGAUGGACAACGAGUCUUCACGGGGAGAGAGCGAAGAACUGUCAUUAGAUAAACCGCGGGAGGAGGAGAGCGAACGACUCGACCGUAGAGGAACAGUUGACAGAGAACUCCAGAGAGAAGGAGAGGAACUGGAGUGUUCCCGGGGCCCGGGUUCCUCCGAGUCCGGUCGGGAACCCUCGUCCGCCAAAACCUUCCCGGACAGAUCCCCGCCCGAGACGUGUCGGAAAUACGGGUCUUCGGGGGCAAACCGCCGGGCGCGGUCGCCCCGGACGUACCGGGACCCCGGCGCCGCGGAGUCCAACGCAACCCGACGGGAACCGACGCCGGCCGAAACGUCGCGGACGACGAGCUUUGGGGAGACGAGCCGGACGACGGACAAGGAGGAGUUUGUGGCGACCCCCAGAAAGAGCUGUUCGUCCUCCCCCUCCUCGUCCCCGGACGGUCAGAAGUCGAGAAACUCCUCCGGCGAACACUGCCACGCCUUGAGGUCGACCUCGGGGGAACACUGCUACAGCUUGAGGUCGAGAGGACCGCCCAGCAAGAUCAAACACAAGCCGCCGGGCAGCGCAGAGACCAAUAACGACUCGCCGGACGAGAACUCCAACAAGACCGCGCCGGAGAAGAUCGAGAAGGUCGGAGAAGAGGACCACGCGGACGACGAGAGGGAGAGGGAGGACGAGGACUUCCGGAUAUCGCCCAACCCGGAGGGCACGGAGGAGGGCGGAGAAGAGAAGAAGAGAAAACGCAAACGCAAGACCAAGAGACACAGAGUAAACAAGAGGAAGAAGAAGAAACUGCCGGAGAAGAGCGACAAGUCCUCCCCCGCCGGCAGGAAGUUGCCGGCCGCGUCCUCGACCGACGGCUCCCUCGCCACUCCCGGGAAAGACGCUGCGGAGAACGGCAUCGACGCGGACGAGGCGAUGGAGAGUUCCGGAGACGAGCACGUGUUUGUCAACCCCCCGGCCCAUGGCUGUGCUGUCCUGGACAUUAAGGUUGUUGGAGACUUCGUGGUGACGGCAUCAAGUGAUGGCACCGCCAGAUGCUACGACAUGGCGUCGGGUCGGGUCAUGACCUCAUACGUCGACCACACGGACAUAGUGACCUGCGUCGGGGUGGUCGGCAAGCCUGGCUUUAGUCCCGAGUCGCCGGAAUUUCAGGUGGUGACCGGGUCGGCCGACAAGACCAUGUGUAUAUUCAACGGCAGGACGGGAGAAGUGAAACAGAGAUGUGACGUCGGGGAGGGAGUUCGCUGCCUAGACAUAUCCUGGGGUCAAGUGUUCCUGGGUACUGAAGGAGGGUGUGGUGCCAGAUGGAACUUUAAGGACAAAGGUGUAACUGAGAUGGUACAGUACUGCGGCAAAGCUCUCACUAGCCUGAAGGCCAUGACAGAGGGAGGGAGGCGCGUGCUGCUGGUGGCGGCCAAGACGACUCCUCUUAUGAUCCGGGACGCUAUGUCUGGUUUGUUUUUACGGACGCUGGAACACAUACAACUGACAGUGUACGCAACGGUCUCGCAUGGGGGACUACUGUACACCGGCGGGUCAAACAAGGCCAUUGUCUACUAUGACUUUACGACGGGCAACAGUCGGGGUCACUUGGCGAGCGAGGCGGACGUCUCUUGUCUCAGCAUCUACAAGGGGCGGUUAAUUGCCACUUGUUAUGAUGGACUCGUUAGAAUAUUCUGCCUGGCUGUGAGUUCCCUCCAAUAAUACUCUCUCUCUUAAAUUAUUCUACUGU